GUGUAUUUGACAUUGACAUGACAGAAUUUUUGGAAGAAGAACAUUUUUCAGUCAGUAGAAAAUGGCGUUUGGUGACUUUUAGCACAUGUCAAUUUCCUCCGGUAAGUUGAAUAAAAAAAAACAAGCAUCAAAGCUGUUAUAAUGGGAUUAUCGCUUAUAAAAUGAAGGACCUUCUAUAAGAUUCUUGGCUAAAGGACUGGAAAAUCAUCACAGGACUCCGUGAUUAUCGAAAUAAUAGAAAAUGUCGCUGCUGCCGAAUGAAGACGAACGAACGGUGCAAAUUGUUGACCGCAUCAGUUUUGACCCAACAAAAUCAGUCCGUAUCAAGAUCAGUUCAACAAAAUUAAUAGACGACAUAUUUAAGGAGGUUUCCAGCAAAUUUGAUCAUACUCCUGAUGAAAUUGAACUCACCCUGAAAACAUCGAUGCAUGGAUUCUCUAUGGAAUUCGCCCUAAGCCAAAAACGAUCGAAAACGUUGGGUGAUUUCAGCGUCUGGGCAAGCCUAGAGAAGAUGGUGAUAUGGAUGGAGCGGUCCAAUAAGAUCCCAGCCGUAGACAAUUCCCAGGCGCUGGUGCCUGUAAAUACAGUCGCUCCUGACCCUGCUGCGGCGGCAACCGCAGCUGUUGAAGACGAUCUCCUGCUCGGGGCCAGCGCCAGUCCUACAGCCACCGCUGGUGGUUCCUCGGGUACUGCCGAGGAGGCCUACGGCAGGAAUCAUGCGGACGCGGCCUGUAACUAUGUUGGAUUGGUGAAUCAAGCGAUGACGUGCUAUCUCAACAGUCUGCUACAGGCGUUAUAUAUGACACCGGAAUUUCGCAACGCCCUCUACAACUGGGAAUUCGAUGGUCAGAACGAGUCUCGAUCCAUCCCAUACCAGCUCCAAAAACUCUUCCUCAACUUGCAAACGUCACAUAGAUCAGCAGUCGAAACAACGGAUCUAACCACCAGUUUCGGUUGGCAAGGCAGUGAUGCCUGGCAUCAACAUGAUAUUCAGGAACUGUGCAGGGUAAUGUUUGACGCACUAGAACAAAAAUUCAAAGACACCAAACAAGCCAACCUGAUAAACGAUCUAUACGAAGGCAAAAUGCUUGACUACGUAAAAUGCCUUGAGUGCGGAACAGAAAAAUCACGCGAAGACACCUUUCUGGACAUACCCCUGCCAGUACGACCGUUCGGCAGUACAGUGGCGUACAACAGCGUCGAAGAAGCGCUAAGGGCGUUCGUACAACCAGAGACUUUGGAUGGGAACAAUCAGUAUCAUUGUGAGAAGUGUAACAAGAAGUGUGAUGCGCACAAAGGGUUGAAGUUCACAAAGUUCCCGUAUUUGUUGACCAUGCAUUUGAAACGAUUCGAUUUUGAUUAUAGUACUAUGCACAGGAUAAAGCUCAAUGAUAAGGUUGUGUUUUCUGAGAUACUGAACCUGAAUUCGUUCAUAAUAAAUCAUAGAGUAGAUACAGAUCCAACUGAAGAGAGAGAAAGUAUUGUGAAAUGUGACGAUUGUAGUACGACAGAUUCAGGUUCAGCAGAUGAUGAAAGCUGUCAAGGUACAGAUGCGUCUUCCACUGCAAACGGCCAUGAUAACUGUGCAGAUAGUGAUGAGGGUAUUGAUGUAAGUUCAGGAAAUAAUCAUGAUGAGGAUGCCAAAGGACCAUAUGUUUACGAGCUGUUUAGUAUUAUGAUACACUCUGGUAGUGCCUCGGGGGGUCAUUAUUAUGCAUAUAUAAAAGACUUCGACAAAAAUCUUUGGUUUUGUUUCAAUGACCAGAGUGUUAGUGGCAUCACUGAGGAUGAUAUUAGAAAAACCUACGGUGGUGGACCACAAAGAGGCUAUUACUCGGGAGCAUACAGUUCCAGUACCAACGCGUAUAUGCUAAUGUACAGACAGAUAGACAAGGAUAGGAAUUGCAAAGCGAUCACAGUAGACGAGUUUCCGCCUCAUAUAAAGAAACUGCUCCAAGAUAUGCGAAGGAAAGAAGAGGAGGAUAGGAUUAAUAAAGAAAAGGAAAAUGAGAUGAUUAAGCUUACUGUCUAUGGAGGACAUCCCAAUAAAUCGUGCACAGAUAUAAAAAUUUCCGUAUUUAUCGAUUCGACGCUGGCUGAAGCUACCCAAGAAGCAUACCAAAGAUUUAAGAUGGAAGGAGCUGUGAACCUUGAAGACUGUCGUCUGGUGGUGUUUAACAGGAAACAGGAGUGUAUCGACUGCAGUUUUGACUCCAGUGACCUCAAGUUCUGUGAUAUCAUGCACAAUAGUCAACAGAUUAAUAUUUUUACAGAUUGGCUUUUAGAAAUCAAACCUCCCGGUGCCCCGUGGAUGACCUACAACACGGGAGGUAUCAACAUGAAAGUGUACCCGAUUAUCAUGGAAAAUGAAGAAGUAGAAGAGCCUAAACUAGUAAGGGUCGACGUUGGUGACAAAGUGUGCAAGUUGAAACUAAAACUGAGUGCUCUUUUAAACAUAGAUCCUUCAACGGUACAUGUGGUAAUGGAGAUGUACAGCAAUGAACCCAAAUACCUGGAGAACGACGAUGACAUUAUUAAGUUCGAUGCGAAUUGUAAUGAUUAUAAGUUGUAUGUUGCCACUGUUCUAGAUGAAGAUCCGGAGAAAACGUUCCAGCAGUCUAGGUUGAGGAAGGUCAUUGAACAUUAUUCAUACAUCAUCAGUUUGAAUGUAGUCCUACCAGAAACUGAUAUAGGAACACUAGAAUCGUUAUCAAUACCAUCAUUGGAUUUGAACCAGAAUUUGGACAAACUGGAACUGGGUGGAGGUGAUAGAGGCUCUAGCUCUCCAAACCUGAGGGUAUCACCCCAACCGGGAGUCAGUGACGGUUUUGGUGACCAGAGUAAUAGUGAAGAUAGUAGUUUGAGUGACAGCGAUAGAACUCUGGUUGGUGACGCACCUGGCGAGUGUUUAGGCAUUGUUUCAAGCAAUUCCAACUCGCCAGCUGUUGAACAACGGACAGCUUCACCUGGAGGCGAUCCAUGUGAAGAUGGAUAUAAUUAUGAUGCCUUGGGACAACCUGGCUUAGAAGAUAUGAGCUGGGAUGAUUUAGAAUCCGUUCAAGAUCCUGCCGCGAGUCAGCGGUGCGAAAACUAUUACUUUAAGGUGACUAGUGUCAUGCACAAUAGGGACGCUAAUGCUGCUGACAAUAGGUACAUGCGUUGUUGCAGAGUUUUGGCAGAUAAAAAGAUGACUUUAGAAAGGUUUAAAAAACACUUAGAAGGAAUUCUGAGGGUACCUUCGGAAUAUUUCAAAAUCUUUAGGCAGUAUCCUAAUUCGGACGAUGAAUGGAGUUGUCUUUCAGAUACGCUGAGGUCCGCAAAGGAUGGUGAAAGGUUAAUAGUGAAAUUAGGUAGGGUAUUAAGGAAAGAUGAGAUCAAAUGUAGCGUAUACUAUUUGAAGCCUGACUGCAUGGACAUGAACAACUUUUUGUUUGAACAUAUCAUAGCCAAAGGGCAGCCUGUACAUCAAGUCAAGAAAGAAAUACUCUUCGCAGCUAAGAAACAACAUAUGCUGGAUAUACCAUAUAACAAAUGCAGGUUACGAGAGAAGAGUUGGAAGAGGCCACGAAAGAUAUUCCUAGACGACCAAAAGUUCUACAGGGACAGCCCCCCACUUAUGGACCUAUUCCUUCAAGAACUGAACGAUGUGGAGACUGUGACUUCCAACGAUCAGUUAGUGUUGUUUGUUAGGCAAUGGUGUCCGUCGACGUUGACGUUGAAACCGUUCCAAGAGGUGGUGCUGGACAACUCGACAAUGGAAGAAUUGAAGUCGAAGAUAUCCACCCUGUCGGGUAUACCUGUGGAGAACGUGGAUGUAGCCUAUAUUAAGGCGGCUAUUCCUUGUGAUAUGCAUUUGUUGGACAUUCAUAACGCGUUAGAAUGGAAUCCUAAUAUGACGCAUCUAGAAGAGCGAACGUUCGCUAUGAGGAGCAACGCUAUUGCGGAUGACGGCAGCGUCUUCUACUUUAGGGACAACAGAGAAGCCAUCAAAGAACUGACACCGGAAGAACGCAGAGAUCUGAACCAGAAAGAGAACAUGCGGCUAGGAAGACUGAACGUAAAGUCUUACUCGCCGGGCCGCGAGAGGGCGUUGAAGAUCUACCUGGACACAUCCCCUAGCAAAUCGGAUGACAACCUAGACUGACAUGCCACCAAGCGCUACUACGUGUCGUCGUUAUUUUAUUGUGUUUUGAGUUGAAAAUGGAAGUGUGAGAGAAGUUAGAGAGCGCGGGGCAUGGGCGCGGAUUUGUAUUUUUUGUUUUUUCUACAAUGAACUUUCUCGAACGAUGGUCCGUCUAGUUUCUUGAUGGUCUGAGGAUUUUUUAGUUUUUUAGAGAUUUUUAAUCUACCCACAAGAUAUCAAGCCCAGAUGCCACACUUCAUUUGAACCAUCGAUGUAGCACAGCACAUAAAGUGUUGAGGGAUAUGGGCUUUUAUGUUUUUGUUGCCUUAUUAAUACGAAAAAACCAUAAUGUCAAGUGUUAUUUACUUUCCUUGUUGACUUUCUCACAAUGCGUGUAUUGUGAGUGGAAGACUUAUUGAGAGGUAAGUGGAAAAUGGAAUAGUGAAAAUCUUGAGAAACAUAAAUUUCGCUCCAACCCGUCUAAGAUCCGCUCUGGAACGAUAACGCGCUUGCGCAUUCAGGAAAAAGUGUCCCCGCACAGUUCGUUAUCGUAACAGAACGAUUUUCCAUAUCAUUCCAAUCAGUUUUGGGAUCGUUCUGGAAUGCUUUUGUUACUGUGAAUUCGGCGCAAACACUAUCACAUGAUAAUCCACCGGUUCUGGAACGAUACCAGAAUUCGAAGUUGGAACAAGACUGUGGGAUUUUUAUAAAUUUUAUCAAAACUAUCAGGCCCAAAACGUGUGGUGUUUCACUACAGGCCAAUUUUAAAGAAAAUUCGUAUUCGAUCGCUGAUCAAAUUUUCCGAUGGGCGCAAAGCUCAGAAAUCCUUUAUAUUGGAGAUACAGAGUGUUCUUUAAUAGCAUAGGCUUAACGAUAUAAUAAAAAUACAUGAACAUACGUACGUCCUAACGAAAAUUGAAAGCGCUUUCAUACAAAAACUAUAUAAGAUACUCGAAAACGUCUGCGCUGCAAGAUUGACAUCUUAUAGGUGUGCGUUUUACAAUUCUGUGGCACAAAAUUUACUUCAAUGGAACAUUAUUUUUUAUUAGAUAUUUGGAAAGAAAAUUGAGACAUGUAAUAUACUGUAGGAUUUUGAUCGUGAAAAAAUGUCUUCAUUUGAAAGGUUUGAGUCCGCAAUUUGGAGUAGUUUUUCAUUGAAUUUUGAAGAGAGGAUGAAACAGUAUAGUUUAUACAAGGUGUUGCAAAACACAAAAUGUUUCUCACAAAUUUUAGAUGUACCACCCUGUAUAUUUUACUCGCAUCAGGUUUUCCGUUUCAUACGCUUUUUUUGAUACCAGUUGUGUAGUAGUUCAUUUGAACAGUUAUUUGGUUAUUUAUAUAAAUUCUAGAAAGUCCUAUAAUUAUCUAUCAAGGCCGCACGUCCCUUUUUUCGCUGUUUGCAACAGUAUUCUAAAUCCUUUUCAUCUGAUUACUUCAUAAUGUGAUAGAGAUGACUAAAAAUCAUCGUUUUUAAUUUUGUUUCGUCAUAGAAUGCAUUUUUGGUUUUUAUUGUGGAUUUUUCCUUCAAUCGCAACUUGUUAACAAAUAUUAGUACAGCUCUGAAAUUGUAUGUGAAUAUUCCGCUUUUAUGAAUGAAUGAAACAAGUGAUUACUUUAAUUCUUAUCACUUUUUCUGUUCGAAAAAUCUUUGCUUUUCAACUCAACUUGCUGCGAGACGAGGCUUCAAGAUAAUCGAAGAUUUUGAGAAAAGGAAAAGGGAUAAGAACAAAAGUAAUCACUUGUUUCAUUCUUCUAUAAAACAGGUAUAUUCGCACACAAUUUCAGAGCUAUCUGUUAACAAUUUCCGAGUGAAGAAAAAAUGCACAAUAAAAUGCACACACCAUGAAAUCAUCAGAUGAAAAGGAUUCAGAAUACUCCUGCAAACAGGUGGGUAAAAAAAAUCUACAAAAGGGACGUACCACCUUAAGCAAAACAUCAUGGAAAUAAUAACUUCUAAUUCAUACAUGAAGAACUUGAAGAAGGAUGGUCUAGUUUAUUUAUUUCUUCUAAAACGUAGAUAUAGACAUUUUUCAGACAAAUAAUAAAAUGACGGGCGAAAUCCAACAGCGUAUAUCAAUAAUGUUUUCAAAAGCUCCUACCAAAUCUCUAAUAAAGUAUAGGGUGCUUCAUUCAAAAAACAUGUUUGCUCUUCCACCAAAAUAUGCAACAACCUGAAUGUUUCCAAAUAAUUUAGAAAUACACACCUACAUGUAUAAGAUGUCAAUCUUUCUGCGCACACCAUUUUCGAAUAUCUUUGAUAAGCUUUCUAUUAAAGUACUUUCCAUUUUCGUUGGGACACUCUGUAUAUAUUGUUUGAAUUUAAUCGUGAAAUCUACAAUAAAGAUGAUUUAGUUUUCAUCAAAUGGUGCAUUCAGGCGUACUCUAGAGAGGAAAGGGUCAACACCCUUUAUCUUCAGUAGAAAGUGUUUCUGGGCUUCGCACCCAUUGGAACAUUUGACCAGCAGAACAAGCAUUACUAUACGAAUUUUCAUUAGAAUUGACCGGUGGUCAAAUUCUAUAUGUUUUGUGCCUGGUACUUUGUGAUCCAAACGACCACGUAAAUCAUAAAAUUAUAGCAAUUUUUAUUUACACUUACGUAGAAUCAGGCUACCGACUUGCAAAAAGGAUUCAAAGUAUUUUUUGGUUGCUUAUUGUUUGUUCAGUUGUAGCGCUAACAUUCACGAGAAAAAGCUGUGCGAGAUAUAAAACUAGGCAUGUACAUAAGACAUUUAUUUAUUAACUUGACAACAUUCAUACCCAGUUGUGAAUGAUUUUUUUGGUGGUCGAUGUACUUGUACUUGGUGCUCCCAGAUUCGACAUCUCCCAUAGUUAGUGAUAAACCAACUUAAAUAAAAAAUAGAGCCAUGAAGGUAUUAUCAAUGUUUAAAGUGGGUAAAUUUUAAAUGGAGAAUUGCUUGACAUCAGCCACAUGAAGGUUCCGGAAAUUGCAUUUUUAGUCCUUUAUUUAAAAUGACCGCGAAGAAACAUUUUUGAAAUAUCUGAAAAUAAUUUUCUCAAGAAGCAUUUAAUAUAUCAGCAUAGCAUCUUUUCACCAACAGUUGAUGUCACUUUUUCACUUAUUUCGUACUUUGUUGACACAUUGUCUUUUCUAAAAUCCUCACCAGAGGGAAACAGUAUACGUGACAUGAUACGAAAUACUGCAGAAAAUUGCAUUUAUUUUUAAAUGAAAUAUUUUGUACGGUUUUUAAACGUUUUUUCUCCGGUUAAAAACAUUGGUUAAAUUGAUGUCUUUCAAUUACCUCGUACAACUAUGUAAUUGUAUUUAUUCUUUUUCUUUGACUUUUUUAUAGAAAGUUUAUAUACAAAUAUUGUUGAGUAUAUCUUAUUUAUAUCUAUCUUAUUUCUUCAUAAAUCAAGACAAUGCUGUGAUAUUUUCUUUUCUAAAAAUUAGCACUUGGAAGCAGUCAUGUCAUUGCAUGUUUUGAUUUAGUUAUUCUUUAGAUUUUUACAAAAUUAUUUUUCUGGAGUAUUUUGGAUGUUUUUAAAAGACGGACUAUCAAUCCUGUCACUGCGAGAAUGUAUAUUUACUAUCCAGUGAGCUUCAGUAGCACUUGUUAAAAUAAAAAAAAAUGUUUUACAUUGUUUUAUACUAUUCUGUUUCUCUACCUUGAAGCUACUGGUUAGUUUUCUUUUUGAAAAUCACCCAUGAUUCAUUUUCUAUUUAUUAUUUUUUGUAUUAAUUUUUUGUCUGUAUUGGUGUUAUGCAGAGCUAUGGCGGUUGAAAUUAACUGUUAAAUUUUAUUGUAAAUGUUAAAAGGCAUUUGUAAAAAAUAAGUCUACGAUUGUAUAAUAUAUUGUUGCAGGCGUGUAAAGUCUUGAUAUACUUGAGUUGUCAUUGGACUGUCACAUUCUAAAGUGAUUAUAGUUCAAUUAUAUGUUAGAAAAACUACAUAAAGUGCAGACUACAAAACAUCCCAGGAUACGUAUGACAAUCUAGGCUCAGGAAUUUCAUUCAACAUUUUUUUAAUUGAAAUGUUACACUGGGUGUCUUAAAUUCGACUCACUAUUGGGAUAUCGGAAACGGUAAGAGAUAUGAAGCCGGUUAAAUAUGGGCAAUGUUACGCAUUUACGUUACUAAGAAUAUGUCAUUUAUGAAAUUUCGAAAUUCAGAGUACUUUUCGGUUGUUGCUUUUUAGCUCUUUUAUGGCUUUUUGAGAUGCAGUUUCAAAACUUCUACAUCUCGCAUAGUUUAGAAUCUUCAUUUGAGUUUUGGUUACAAAUCUUGAAUUUUACUAGAAUACUAUUUUGUUUAAAUAGCCACAGUUUUACAAUAUUAAUGUUUGACAUAUACAUUUUUGAAGCUAUUCACCAUUGCAAAAAUCAAAUAUGGUAAAUAAAGUUAGGUCAAGGUAAACACUAUUUCUGAGAAAAUCGGCAGUUUUACGACUAUUUAAGCUUAUCUGACCGUUUCCGAGAAGCAUUAGAAGCACCCGGUAUCGAGUCAUACUUGGAACUUUCGACGUACAUAUUUCAUAACCACUAGAGCGUACGUAUGAUAUUAAUUAUUAAAAUAAAAACAGCCGAAAUUGAACUGUAAUUGCUUCCUAUGGUUCACAUAUCUUCUAAAGGAAUUCUAAUGGUUCAGUAUAAAAUUGUUGUUUCUGUUAUACCAAAUAUUGACUGUAAGGCCAGUGCUCUGUAACAAAUACCAGUUAAUAUUCAUUUUUAAAUUGACAGUGUUUUUUGAAUUCAGCAAAAAUUAUUAUACAGGGUGAAAACAUAUAUCCAUUUUGCUUGAAAACCAGUUUUUAUCUGUCCACAUCUUGGCUUAUCGACCCAAUAUAUCAUAUACAUUCAUACUACUUUUUGGCAAAGUGGAUGCUGGGCCUAUCUUAUACAGUUUAUAUCCUAUACACCUCCACAAAUGUCAUAAUUCGCUUUGCCAAGGCUUCUUGUAUACAGUUACUUUGUAUAGAUAUUUAUUUGUGACUGAAUAAAACACUGUUUAUGUAUAUAACCUCAAAUACUUUUA